UGGUGACCAGUGUUGGGUAACACUAGGGGACAUUUGUGUUAUCGUUUAUUUGGAUCGCCGCACAAUAUGUCUUUGGUCAGCAGAAUUCUGCAGCAAGGCUCCUCCGUAUGGAAUAGCCUUAGUGCCGCUCGGGGCUUCCACAUGCUUGUGCGCCCGACUGCCAUUCCAAUGGUGACCUCCCAAAACACACAACUUAUGACCGGCUCGAAUGUUGUAGCACAGCGACCGGGACUUCUGACUCCUUGUCUUACCCUACUGCAGCAGGUGGCUGGAUUCAAGGUCAAGGGGCGUCUGAAGCGACGAUGCAAGGAUUGCUACAUUGUUGUUCGUCAGGAACGGGGUUAUGUCAUCUGUCCCACGCACCCGCGCCACAAGCAAAUGUCGAUGAAGAAACGCGACUACAAGUCCUGGAUCCUGACCCAUGCUACUCAGUCCAAGGAACGGGGCUAUUAGCUUAACUAGUUAAAAGCAUUUUCAAUUAAAUAAAUUUGUUUUAAAAUAUAUAUAACAUUACGAAUCGAAGCAGUCA